UCGAAAUGGCCCACCAAUUUAUUUGGACUCUUUUACUCGUCCUCUACUUCUUUAUGAGUCCACUUGUCGAGGCCAGUGGGAUUAACAUUCCGAGGCUACCGGAAAACUUACAAGAUUUUAAGUGUGAAGAAGAUGACAUUGGUUUUCAUUUUAACCUGACAGAGCUCGCUGGUUAUUGGUACGAGGCCCUUCGAAUUCCAAAUGACCAGUCGAUGGAGUGCCUGAAUGUCUCGAUUCCCUCUGAACCGAAAGCCAACAAUCUUACUCUGGACCUAAGCUACGUUCGCACAGUGAACAAUAGUUGGGAAUUAUCCCAGGAGGUCGUCAGCUUUCCCUGGACCAACUCCACGCAGUAUGGCAUAUUCGAUCUGGGCACCGAAAGCGUUUCCUACAAACUGGUGACUACGGACUACGUUUCCAUCUCCGUGGUUUGCGGUUAUGGCAGCACCUCGGUCAUUCCGAUCUUCAAGCUUUUCUCCCGAACCCGAGAGGUUAGCCAGGAACUCUACGAGCUUAUCAAUACGCAGGCCGAGGUACUGGGAUACUCGUCUCUGAUUUCCUGGGAGAAGCAAUCGCUGGAGGAGUGUGGUGGAUCUAGUGGGCAAGCACCCUUAGCAGCUUUAAUGAGUUUCGUGGCAUUUAGUGGAUUGAUAUUGAGGUUUACAUAGUUAAUUAAGUGUUUAAAACUGCAAAGUUGGCUUUUAAAUUUACUAAAUGAUGUGCUUCACCUUACCAUCGAAAAUCAGUAAUAUUAAACAACUCUAGUAAUAAAAAUGUGCAAAAUAUAAAAAAAAAACCAUAGGCCCUUCUGCAGUGGCUAGAAACACACAAAUUCAGAAACCAUUGUCCAUUCAAAUUGAUAAGAUAUUCCGAUAGAAGGGUAAGCCGUAUCAGCGAAAGUGAGUCAUAGCAAAUUAAAGUAAAAUGCUUAUUUUCUAUGUCGGCAGAGUUGAUAAGCACGUCAUAGGGGAACCGGCAGCU